AUGAUAUUUCAGGCCUCAAGGUUCAGCAAGCCUCGGGACGUAAAGUGCCCCUCCUCGAGCCCCGCCGAAGCGAAGCAUGCCGCUCACACACAAACCCCACAGACGCCGCAGUGGAGUGGUCCAGCAACACAACGGUGUCCUUCCCACUCACAGUGCACUCACAUAAUGACAGUCUCACAUGCUCAUAUCAGAGAGGCACUGCGGCAUUCCCUAAAAUGUACACCAAGUCACACACCUACAGAGAGGAAAAGAAAAACACAAGAAAACAACAACAACAACAACAACAACAACAGGAUACCAACAGCACACAAGGCACUCACAAUACACAAUAAUCACAGCUGCCACUCUCAUCAGAGAAAAACACUCACCCACACCAGCACAUCAACUCAACCCCAAAAAGAGAAAAAAAAAACAGACCCAAUACGUGAAACCGAAGCGGAACAGUCUCACCCCAUCUCUCCCCAAAGGCUCCAGUCACUCAAGCAAGCCACACAACAAACAACACACACCACAAGGGAAGUAAUAUGUUCGUGGCAAUACCGUGUAAGUGACACCACCGAAAGAGAAGGUGAGAACAAAUAA